UUGGCAAGUGCCAAUUGGACCCUAGAGGAUAGGACAUAUACGGCGCCUGGGGUACCCAGAGAAUUUGCUCACCUACACUUGAGUUGGUUCUCCUGCUCUCACUUGCUGCAUCUACCCCGGAUCUCAGGUCAGGUCUACAAUGGCGAUGAUCAGCGCCGCCGCAGCCGCCACCGUCGUCGCCGCCGCCAGGCCGUUGCAGGCUCUAGGUCUGCCUCUGGUGAAGGUGACCUGCAGGGCCGAGAGGCUGAGGUGCGGCUACUCCAAGGAUGGCAAGGAGGCGGCGGUCCUCAAGGGCGCGCCGCUGCUGGCCGCGGUGAGCGCAGCCGUGACGGCGUCCCCGGCGCUGGCGCUGGUGGACGAGCGGAUGUCGACGGAGGGCACCGGGCUCAGCCUGGGGCUGAGCAACAACCUGCUGGGGUGGAUACUGCUGGGCGUGUUCGGCCUCAUUUGGUCCCUCUACACCGUCUACUCCUCCACCCUCGACGACGACGACGAGUCCGGCGGACUCUCGCUCUGAAGCCUCAACACCACCACCACCACCAUCCUCCUCUUCUUCUCCUUCUUCCUCUGCCUCUGCCUCUGCCUCUGCCUGCCUUCCUUCCUCAUCCCUGAGAUAUUUGCAUAAUUACCAUGAAUCUGUCAAGCAUGGAUGAAUGCCGAGUUGCUGAUUACGGUAGGAGAGGAGAAGUGUAAGCUAGUAGCGGUGUCGUGUCGGCGUUAAUUAAACUGUUGCAGUUGUUAACUUGGUAUAUUGAUCUUCAACGCAAA